CUCCUCCUCUCUGAAGGUGGAUAGUAGGAGCGAGGAGGCAACAUCUGCAGGGCUGGAUGGCGAAAUAGCGGCAGCAGUAGCGGCGGCAGGAGGGGGCGCGUGGUGGGGCGCCCAGGGGACCGCGGGCUCUCCCUCUUUCUUGGCUUGCCCCCUCCCUCCCCCCCCACCCCCCAGCAAAGACUGAUUUCACGUUUUGCUGAGUCCAUUUGAGGGCGUUUAUUUCCUUCGCUCCCCUGGGAUUUUCUCCGUUGCCAAAGGAUGCCUCGUUGAGAAGAGGAGGAGGAGGAGGAGGAGGAUGCCGCCGCCGCCGCCACUGCUAGAUGCCAGAAGAAGCGGAGGCUUGAGCCGGCACUGAGCGCCUUGGGGGAUCGCCCCCCCCCGUCUCUGCCCCCCCCCCUCCCCGCCGCCUCCUUUAAGCGCUUCCUAUGUUUUUCGCAAGCAGCCCAGCCGCCGAGCGAGGGGAGUGCCCGCUGCCCCUGUCUCCCUUUGGGGAGGGUGCCUGAGAGCCGCUCCUUCUCUCCCCCCCCGCCCCUCCCUCCCUCCCUCCAUGCUGGUGGUGGAAAUGUGGAGACUCCAGGCAGACAGGCUGAGUGGAUUCGUCUCUGCUUUAGCAGCUCUUUGUCUCGCCUGCUGUGCUCAGAGCCCAUCCACUGGGAAUAUUUCGGUGGUAAAGGAAAUUGUGGACAAACUGCUGAAAGGUUACGAUGUCCGCCUCCGGCCUGACUUUGGAGGUAAUCCUGUUACAGUGGGAAUGAGCAUCCAUAUUUCAAGCAUUGAUCAGAUUUCAGAAGUCAACAUGGACUACACCAUCACCAUGUAUUUCCAGCAGAGCUGGCGAGACAAGCGCCUGGCGUACAGCGACCUGCCCCUGAACCUCACCCUGGAUAACCGCGUGGCUGACCAGCUGUGGCUGCCGGACACCUACUUCCUGAACGACAAGAAGUCGUUCCUGCAUGGAGUGACGGUGAAGAACCGGAUGAUCCGGCUCCACCCGGAUGGAACCGUCCUAUAUGGCCUGAGAAUCACCACCACAGCUGCAUGCAUGAUGGACCUGAGGAGAUACCCUCUGGACCAGCAAAACUGCACCUUGGAGAUUGAGAGCUAUGGCUACACAGUCGAUGACAUUGUCUUCUUCUGGCAAGGGAACGACUCAGCCGUGACUGGGAUAAAGGUGCUGGAGCUACCCCAGUUCACCAUCAUUGACACGAGGCUGAACACCAGAGAAGUUGUCUUCACUACAGGCUCAUACCUCCGGUUAUCCCUCAGUUUCCGGAUCAAAAGAAACAUUGGUUACUUUAUCCUCCAGACUUACAUGCCCUCCAUCCUCAUCACCAUCCUCUCCUGGGUCUCCUUCUGGAUCAACUAUGACGCCUCCGCUGCCCGUGUUGCACUUGGUGUCACCACAGUGCUUACCAUGACCACCAUCAACACCCACCUGCGGGAGACCCUCCCCAAGAUCCCCUAUGUCAAAGCCAUUGACGUCUAUCUCAUGGGCUGCUUUGUGUUUGUGUUCCUGGCGCUCCUGGAGUACGCCUUUGUCAACUAUAUCUUCUUUGGGCGAGGCCCUCGGCAGCAGAAGAAGCAGAGUGAACGCCUCAGCAAGGCCAAUAACGAGAGGCAACGAUACGAGGAGAAGAGGAUGAGAGAGCAGGUUGACCCAUAUGGCAACAUCCUUCUCAGCACACUGGAAAUGAACAACGAGUUACUGGCUACGGACAUGAUGAGCACAGUGGGGGACUCCCGAAACUCUGUCAUGUCCUUUGAAGGGUCUGGAAUCCAGUUCCGCAAGCCACUGGCCUCCCGAGAUGGCUUUGGACACCACCCAGCGUUGGACCGCCACAUUCCACUGGCCCACCAUGCUGCUGCCCGCAAUCGUGCGAACUGCCGACUCCGCCGGCGGUCUUCGAAGCUGAAGCUCAAAAUCCCGGACCUGGCAGAUGUCAGCACCAUUGACAAGUGGUCAAGGAUCAUUUUCCCCAUCACCUUUGGAUUCUUCAACCUGGUUUACUGGUUGUAUUAUGUCAAUUGAUGCCUGCAGGCUCCACAUGAGAUAGGGAAAGACGCUCAGACUCUGACAACAACGCAGGAGUACUGCAGCCCUGGGGUUGGGGUUUUCCUCUUAAUUACGGCAAAUGCUCAGUUCUCACCCUGCCUCCUCCUCCCCUUUAAGUUUCUCCUAAAUGUCGUUUGUCUUUUCAGCACAAGCAGUAUGCACAGAGUAAGUGUGGCGUUAAGAGGGGUUUGUGGAGGGGGGAAGCAGGGAGGUCAUCAUUGCUGCUGCUUUCUUUUCCUUGUCUUCUUUUCCUUGUCGUUCCUUGCUUGAAGAACUCACCACUCUUUCCCCUUGACAAACACUCACCUGGUUGAAGUGGCCUCCGUAAAUAGGGUGGAGCUGAAUAGGUUAACUGCUGCGGCAAGCUGCAUGUGCUGACGCCUCCUCUCUCCCUUUCUUCUGCUCGAGGUCCUUCCAGUUCCUGUCCUGCUUGCUUCCCUCGGCCCUUCCCACUUCUCAUUGCUUCCCUUGGAAGAAGCAACUGGCAUCCCCGCACUGCACAUGCGUCCUGUCUUUCCUCUCUCUGCCUCAUAAGUAUACAAAGAGUCUUUCUAAACACAACAGAAUAGUUAUUUUGCAAUGACUUGGACAGAAAGAGGGGGUCCUUUCAGGGGGGUG